AUGGAUGCCAGCACCUGGCAGCUUGCCUGGCGCAGCUCGACGGCAUUACUAUACUAUCUCACAUAUCCGAUUUUCCUCCUCGCGAAAGCUAUUUUAGGUAUUCUCGCGAUUAUUUCGACUCCCUUUGUUUAUCUAGGGAAAACACUGCUCGAUUGGGGCCUUGCGCCCUUCAGAUUCCUCGCAAAGUUCGAGUCGCGUUCUCGUGUAAUACGAAGUGUCCGAAUAUGGACUAAUCAGGACUACGCGCAGGCCCUCUUUAUAUUCCUGGGGUGGGCUGCCUUGAUUGGCUGCGCUGUUGGUUUUCUCCUUUAUACCAUAUAUGACGCAGUUGAGGGAGUCUUGCAAUCAUUGGAACCCUAUCCAUCGCCAGAAAAAACGCCCAAAGACUAUUCACAAACUCUAGGCAGUCAGUGGGACCUUCAGUGGAAUAAAGCCAAUAGCAAACAUAGCAGAAGCCAGCCUUGCUAUGACUAUUUCAGCGCUACUUCAGCUAAAGAGCCUGCCAAGUUCAGUGAUCUUUAUUCUGCAUGGGAGAGUUCUUCUCAAAGAUUUCCCUCAACCAAAGACACGGCGUUGAUCUCGACGACCAUUCUAGAGGAAGAAGACGACAGUUAUGAUGUCGAAGAUUAA